CUCCCAACCCACAUCCAUCCAUUUUAAUCUCACUAGCCUCGGCUGAACACUUCCUGGUAGUUCCUUCUCAAGGAAAGAACAAGCAAACAAGACUACAACUACAGAUCAAGUCCCAUCUGCCAGGUUCUCGAAUCAAGAGAUCAAAGCGGGAAUCGAACUGAUGGCGGUGAAGCGGGAGAGGGACCAGGAGGAGCCCGCCGCCGCGGUGUCGCUGGCGCUGUCGCUGAGCACGGACUCGUCGGCGGCGUCCACGACGACGACGGAGUCCGGGGGGUCGCCGGCGGCGGCGAAGAGGCAGCGGAGCAGGAGCAGGAGGGCGGCGGCGGCGGAAGGGGAGUUCGUGUGCAAGACCUGCGGCCGCGCCUUCGCGUCGUUCCAGGCGCUGGGCGGGCACCGGACAAGCCACCUCCGGGGCCGCCACGGGCUCGAGCUCGGCGUCGGCGUCGCCAGGGCCAUCAGGGAGCACCAGCAGCGGCAGCGGCGCAAGGAGGUGGAAGAGGAACAGGACAAGAAGCAGAGGCAUGAGUGCCAUAUCUGCGGGCUUGGGUUCGAGAUGGGACAGGCGCUCGGGGGCCACAUGAGGCGACACCGCGAGGAGAUGAUGGCAGGCGGCGCCGACCGGUGGGUCGAUCUGGCGGCGGUGGUUGCCGGGAGCGGCGCCGCCGGUGAGCCGCCGGUCUUGCUCCAGCUGUUCGUCUAGAUGGAUGGAUCGAAUUAAUUCAACGCGCGGGGACUUGUACAUGGCUUAAAAAGUUAGUAGCAGCAGGAGAGGUGUUAAAUUUGUUCUUGGAUUAUGUAAGUAUAUACUGCUGCAGGACAGAGUUUUUGCCUGAUUAAUUGGUGCCUCGGUUCUUGGAAUUUUGUUCCGUGGAUUUGUCAGGUUUUGAAUCCUAAUUAGUUCGAUGUGGGGAUUCAUUGAUCUCAUACAUGUAACACUGAAACACAAUUCUUUUGUUAAUUAACACUGAUCGCGUUGUUAAUUCA